AUGGCCUCGCCAGUACCUCUACUUCGCGCCCCACAACCAGGCGGUCGUAGUCAGAGCGGCUCACGGACACCAAAGCUCUCCCUGGGCAUCCCACCUUCACCGAGUGCAAGGCCGAUCACGCAAGAUGGCCAACCGGGCCACGAGAUACCCAAGUUCAGCCUUGCUGCUGCCGGCCAGAGGCCGCCGAAGUUGUCGUUAGCCACACCCAUGGGCAGCCAUGGGACCAUUCAUCAGGAAGCCACCUCGCUGAGGCCACAGAUACAGCCAAUAUCCACAGACUCUGCAAGAUCACGCUCAGACAGCUUCCACAACAGUGUCCCAGGCUCAGCAUCCUCUUCAACAUAUUCCAAUUCUGCCAUCAGCUCAGCAUAUUCAGAAGCCGGAAUUGGCGGCACGUCCAUGGAGCGAGAGGGCAGCAUGGGUGGAUUGCCGUUAGACUUCGAAAAGCUCUCAUUGGAGAAGGGUCGACCACUUGAGGUGGAGGAUCUCGAUGACGAUGCCUGGGCUGCUGCUAGUGAACAGAAGAAGAUCAGCGAGCUGGGUUCGUUAGGCGAGGGCGCCGGAGGUGCCGUCACGCGGUGCAAACUCGAGGGUACUAGCACCAUCUUUGCAUUAAAGAUUAUCACGACUUCACCAGAUCCGGACAUCAAGAAGCAGAUCUUGCGCGAGCUCAAGUUCAACAAGAACUGCACAUCUCCAUACAUCUGCCAAUACUAUGGCGCUUUCAUGGACAAGUCCUCAAGCACGAUUUCCAUUGCCAUGGAGUUCUGCGAAGGUGGCAGUCUCGACUCCGUCUACAAGGAGGUGAAGAAGCUCGGAGGCCGGACAGGUGAGAAAGUGCUUGGCAAGGUUGCCGAAGGCGUCCUUCACGGCUUGACUUACUUGAACGGACGAAAGAUUAUCCACAGAGACAUCAAACCCUCAAAUAUCCUCCUGAACCGACAAGGCCAGGUCAAACUGUGCGACUUCGGCGUGUCCGGCGAGUUCGGUACCAAAGGUGACGCAAACACCUUCAUUGGGACGUCGUACUACAUGGCCCCAGAGCGUAUUCAAGGACAGUCGUACACGAUUACAUCCGAUGUCUGGUCAUUAGGUGUCACGUUGCUCGAAGUCGCACAGCACCGUUUCCCGUUUCCGGCAGAUGGUACCGAGAUGCAGCCUCGAGCUGGUCUUAUUGAUCUGCUUACUUAUAUUGUUGCUCAACCGAUUCCGAAGCUGAAGGAUGAGCCGGAGAAUCAGAUCAAGUGGUCGGAUGGGUUCAAGUACUUCGUGGAGUGCUGUUUGGAGAAAGAGCCGCCGAGGAGGGCAACGCCGUGGCGGAUGUUGGAGCAUCCUUGGAUGAAGGAGAUGCAAAGUAAGAAGGUCAAUAUGCAGGCUUUCUUGAAGCAGGUCUGGGACUGGCAAGACUGA